GCAGCGAGAGGCGCCCGCGUCUGCAGCGGCGCCGGGUCCGAGCGCGCUGCGCGACGGUGGGGGUCGGGGCCCGGGCGGGGAGCCGGGACUGGGCAUGGCGCUGCGGAGAGGCGGCGGCGGGGCGCUUGGGCUGCUGCUGCUGCUGCUGGGCGCCGCGUGCCUGAUCCCGCGGAGCGCGCAGGUGAGGCGGCUGGCGCGCUGCCCCGCCACUUGCAGCUGUACCAAGGAGUCCAUCAUCUGCGUGGGCUCUUCCUGGGUGCCCAGGAUCGUGCCGGGCGACAUCAGCUCCCUGAGCCUGGUAAAUGGGACGUUUUCAGAAAUCAAGGACCGAAUGUUUUCUCAUCUGCCUUCCCUGCAGCUGCUAUUGCUGAAUUCUAACUCAUUCACGAUCAUCCGGGAUGACGCUUUCGCUGGACUUUUCCAUCUUGAAUACCUGUUCAUCGAAGGGAACAAAAUAGAAACCAUUUCAAGAAAUGCCUUUCGGGGCCUCCGUGACCUGACUCACCUUUCUUUGGCCAAUAACCACAUAAAAGCACUACCAAGGGAUGUCUUCAGUGAUUUAGACUCUCUGAUUGAACUAGAUUUAAGGGGUAAUAAAUUUGAAUGUGACUGCAAAGCCAAGUGGCUAUACCUGUGGUUGAAGAUGACAAAUUCCACUGUUUCCGACGUGCUGUGUAGUGGUCCACCAGAGUAUCAGGAAAAGAAGCUGAAUGAUGUGACCAGCUUUGACUAUGAAUGCACAACUACAGAUUUUGUUGUUCAUCAGACUUUACCCUACCAGUCGGUUUCAGUGGAUACGUUCAACUCCAAGAACGAUGUGUAUGUGGCCAUCGCGCAGCCCAGCAUGGAGAACUGCAUGGUGCUGGAGUGGGACCACAUCGAAAUGAAUUUCCGGAGCUAUGACAACAUUACAGGUCAGUCCAUCGUGGGCUGUAAGGCCAUUCUCAUCGAUGAUCAGGUCUUUGUGGUGGUAGCCCAGCUCUUCGGCGGCUCUCACAUUUACAAAUACGACGAGAGCUGGACCAAAUUUGUCAAAUUCCAAGACAUAGAGGUCUCUCGCAUUUCCAAGCCCAACGACAUCGAGCUGUUUCAGAUCGACGACGAGACGUUCUUUGUCAUCGCAGACAGCUCGAAGGCUGGUCUGUCCACAGUUUACAAAUGGAACAGCAAAGGAUUCUAUUCUUACCAGUCACUGCAUGAGUGGUUCAGAGACACGGAUGCAGAGUUUGUUGAUAUCGAUGGAAAAUCGCAUCUCAUCCUGUCCAGCCGCUCCCAGGUCCCCAUCAUCCUCCAGUGGAAUAAAAGCUCUAAGAAGUUUGUCCCCCAUGGUGACAUCCCCAACAUGGAGGACGUACUGGCUGUGAAGAGCUUCCGAAUGCACAAUACCCUGUACCUUUCCCUCACCCGCUUCAUCGGGGACUCCCGGGUCAUGAGGUGGAACAGUAAGCAGUUCGUGGAGAUCCAAGCUCUUCCAUCCCGGGGGGCCAUGACCCUGCAGCCCUUUUCUUUUAAAGAUAAUCACUACCUGGCCCUGGGGAGUGACUAUACAUUCUCUCAGAUAUACCAGUGGGAUAAAGAGAAGCAGCUAUUCAAAAAGUUUAAGGAGAUUUAUGUGCAGGCGCCUCGUUCCUUCACAGCUGUCUCCACCGACAGGAGAGAUUUCUUUUUUGCAUCCAGUUUCAAAGGGAAAACAAAGAUUUUUGAACAUAUCAUUGUUGACUUAAGUUUGUGAAGGUGUGGUGGGUGAAAUUAAAAGACAUGUAGCAUUAGCUCUCACAAGAGAGGACCAAGAAAAAUCAACACACAAAUCAAAGCCAGGCUCAGAGCCCUGAAAUUAAAAAGCACUGACAUAGUUAGACGUUUUCAAACUUUUAGAACUCACAUUUUAAUCAGGGAUUGCAUUUAUUGGCUAACUGCAUGACAUGCCCCUUCUACCAUUUUAAAGAGCAUCUUAAAGCCUGUAAUUUCUGAGAAAAGAGUGCAGCAUUUACUCUUACCAUCUAGAAAUGUAAUAUGCCUUUUUUCCCCUUUUUAAUGAGGAAGAAGAAAAUUGGAUAAGAUGGGACAGCUCUUAUAAUGAAAUAAAAAAACAAACUUUGAGCCCCUCUCAUUCCACUUUAGCAAUCUUUUUGGUAAGAACUCUUAAAGCCAAAAGUCAGCUGAAAAGAUUUGCUGAUUAUUAGUUUAAAAAUCUUGUAACACUCAGCAGUGCUAUUUUGAGUCAUCCCAGUUUCCUAAAAGUAAUGCCCAGUCUUCCUGAAUCCUCCUUAAUAGCAGAACCUUGGUGAUUUUGUUGGCUCAUAUGAAUGCUUGUCAUGGAUACGUUAGCAAUUUAAUGUUUGACAUUGCUUCCUCUGCCACAAAGACAAUAUUCUGGUGACACAUGUCUAGACCCAGCACAGGCGGCAGGCCCAGCAGCGACUCAAAGGAGUUUCUCCCUCUUUCUUAUGGUUCAAAGCUGACCCUGUGGUGGCCAGAGCAGUAAUGCUUGUUUGAUGCUCUUCAUGGCUCAUCUGCUUCUCGGAACCCACCCGUUGAGUUUGUGGGUAACCAGCAGACAGGCCAAACACUGAAUGGUGCUUUUCAUUUCGUCCUUUAGAGGGAUGAAACAGUUAUUUCCGUCUGAUAAGCAUUUGGUAGAAUUUUUGAAGUGAGAUUUUACGAAGGCAAAGAGGACUUUACACAGAUCUUGACGUGCUUUGAAACCUAGAGGUGGUCCUUUGAUUGGUGCGUGUCCUUGCCCUCUGGACAACUGAAUAUUUCAAGUAAUCGAAUACCAACUUCCCUGCCGGCCCACCUGCCUUCCGCCCCGCUUGUGUAACAGUCCCGUUUUGUUGAGUUGCUGCUAUUGCAGCUGCCAGUGAAGCUCACACCAAAUCACAACCCAAGAUACUCAGAUAGGAAGACUCCCUCUCCCAGUACUUUCCCAAAGGAACCCCGCCCCCCGCCCCGCCCCCGGACGCACAUGCUCACAGGGCCCACGUGUUGGCCGUGGAAUCAGCCUGUGCAGGCUGGGGAUCUCAGGCUGAUCAGUAGGGGCCAGCUUUGGAGCCAGCCAAGCUGAAUCCCACACUCCAGGUCUGUGCUCAAGAAACCAGAUGGUGUAUUUCCAAAUGGGCCUCUCUGGUAUGGGCAAUAGGGAAGCUCCUGGGGUUCGGUUAUGUGGAAGAUUCUUAGUGGAUGUUCCACCUGGUUAGCUGGUUCUCUUCAGAGAAUAUAAAGUGAAUGCCUUUAGGGGUAGCUCUGAGAGAGAAAUCCAACAACUUCAUUCCUAGCCAUGAAAGUAGCACGAUCAUAUUGUACUGUAUUGUUAUUGUAAAAUGAUUAUUUGCCAUGUCAUGAGUAGGUAGAUGUUUUGCCACAAAUAUGAAUGUGUUUGUUGUUUCCUGACUUUAAGCAAUGAAGACUGAGACAAUAAAUAGCACUCAGAGAAUGAAGCAUUGAUGUUA